AGUAACUAUCGGCCUUUUCAUGUCUUUCUAGAAUUCCUUCUUUUUAAAAAUGACGUUUCAAUUUCAACGUGCGGCGGAGCUGCUCUUUACGUCGCAGUACCUCCUGCAGUUUGACGACACCAUUAAAUUCAAACUGGUCCGCGAAAGCCGCCGCGGCACUCUUCAGAUAUCCCCCGUCAACGUCCCUCCUUUCAGCUACACCACGAUUGAUUUCGUCGACGUGCCGGAUCGCAAAGACAAAGUUCCCGCCACAGAGCCACUGACCGUGUCAUGGGCGGUGAACACGGCGUUUCUCACCAACGUACUGAGCUGCUUCGACCCGCAGACUCCGCUGGCGAUGGAGACGGCCAGCGACCUGGCAUACGUCCUUCUGUACCAGAAGAAAGCCGAUAACGCCAGCGUGCAAGUGGUGCAGGUAGGAGUGCUACACGAUCUAGGACCGCAGCUCCUUGUCGACCACGACGUGCGAGAGCUGUACACCAUCGCGGACAUACGCGGGUUUAACGACGUCAUCCGCGCUGUGUGCGCCAGCGACGACGACCGCUGCGACGUCUUCCUGCAGCGCACCUCCUCGCGUGAGUGUGAGAUCGGCAUGAAGACGAGCGGCGUCACGUCCUCGCUGAAGGUUUUGUUAGACGAAGGGCAGAGUGCCACGAAGCACCUGGAGGGCUCUGCGCGCUGCGAUGACCUGCAGGAAUUUGCACGUUUGUCUGUCCGCAUGGCCAAGGGGUCGCAGAGUGCGUCCCUCAUGAUGGGGUUUGGCUCUGACGGCAUCGCGCUGUUUCGCUUAGAGUGGAUCACCGAAUAUGGUCUUCGCACCGCAGAUCUGUUCUUCUGCGCGGCAUAG